AUGCUGAGGCAGACUCUGGCUCGCUCGGCCUGGCGCACUGGCAAGCACCCAGCUGCUGCCGCCAGGACAGCUGGUGCUGCUACCCGGGCCUUUUCGGCUUCUGCCCAGCGCCCAGCGGAGGUCGAGCUCACGAUUGAUGGGAAGAAAGUUUCGAUCGAGGCUGGGUCUGCACUGAUCCAGGCCUGCGAGAAGGCUGGCGUUGUCGUUCCUAGGCAAGUCUCUAUGAGGAGGAAGCUUGCCAUUGCCGGUAACUGCCGUAUGUGCCUGGUCGAGGUCGAGCGGUCGCCCAAGCCGGUUGCGUCGUGCGCCUGGCCCGUCCAGGCCGGUAUGGUCGUUAAGACCAACUCGCCCCUGACACACAAGGCCCGCGAGGGCGUCAUGGAGUUCCUCCUGGCCAACCAUCCCCUCGACUGUCCUAUCUGCGACCAGGGUGGUGAGUGCGACCUCCAGGACCAGUCCAUGCGCUACGGCGCCGACCGUGGUCGGUUCCACGAGAUUGGCGGCAAGCGUGCGGUCGAGGACAAGAACAUCGGGCCCCUUAUCAAAACCUCCAUGAACAGGUGUAUCCACUGCACCCGCUGCGUCCGCUUCAUGAACGAUAUUGCUGGUGCCCCCGAGCUCGGCAGCACUGGCCGUGGUAACGACCUGCAGAUUGGUACCUACCUGGAGAAGAACCUCGACUCCGAGCUGUCCGGCAACGUCAUCGAUCUCUGCCCCGUCGGUGCCCUCACCUCCAAGCCGUACGCCUUCCGUGCUCGUCCCUGGGAGUUGAAGCGCACCGAGUCCAUCGACGUCCUUGAUGGCCUUGGUUCCAACAUCCGUGUCGACUCUCGCGGUCUCGAGGUCAUGCGCAUCCUGCCCCGCCUGAACGACGAUGUUAACGAGGAGUGGAUCAACGACAAGACCCGCUUCGCCUGCGACGGCCUCAAGACCCAGCGCCUGACCAUGCCUCUGGUUCGCCGCGACGGCAAGUUCGAGCCGGCUACCUGGGAGCAGGCCCUGACCGAGAUCGCCCAUGCUUACCAGACCCUCGCCCCCAAGGAGAACGAGUUCAAGGUUAUCGCCGGUCAGCUCGUUGAGGUUGAGUCGCUGGUCGCCAUGAAGGACCUCGCCAACCGCCUCGGCUCCGAGAACCUCGCCCUCGACUUCCCCGGCGGCAGCCAGCCUCUUGCCCACGGAGUCGACAUCCGCUCUAACUACCUCUUCAACUCCAAGAUCUGGGGCAUCGAGGAGGCUGACGCCAUCCUCUUGGUCGGCACGAACCCGCGCCACGAGGCCGCUGUUCUCAAUGCCCGCAUCCGCAAGCAGUGGCUCCGCUCCGACCUCGAGAUCGCCGCCGUCGGCCAACCUUGGGAGUCCACCUUCGACUACGAGCACCUCGGCACCGACCUGGCCGCGCUCAAGAACGCCCUCUCCGGCCCCUUCGGCGAGAAGCUCAAGAAGGCCAAACGCCCCAUGAUCAUCGUCGGCUCCGGCGUGACCGAGCAUCCCGAUGCCAAGGCUUUCUACGAAACGGUCUGGUCCUUCGUCGAGAAGAACGCGUCCAACUUCCUCACCGAGGAAUGGUGCGGCUACAACGUCCUGCAGCGCGCCGCCUCCCGCGCUGGCGCCUUCGAGGUCGGCUUCGUCGUCCCUUCCCCCGAGGUCGCUGCCACCAAGCCCAAGUUCGUCUGGCUCCUCGGCGCCGACGAGUUCGACCCGGCCGAUGUUCCCAAGGAUGCUUUCAUCGUCUACCAGGGCCACCACGGCGACCGGGGCGCCGAAAUCGCAGACAUUGUCCUGCCCGGCGCUGCCUACACCGAGAAGGCCGGUACCUAUGUCAACACCGAGGGCCGCGUGCAGAUGACGCGGGCCGCGACUGGCCUCCCGGGUGCCGCGCGCACCGACUGGAAGAUUAUCCGUGCCGUGUCGGAGUUCUUGGGCGUACCCCUGCCGUACGACGAUGUCGCACAGCUGCGGGACCGCAUGGCGGAGAUUAGCCCCGCGCUGGCAGCGUAUGAUGUCGUGGAGCCGGUAGCCCUGCGGCAUCUGAGCAAGGUGCAGCUGGUCGACCAGAACAAGGGGGCCAAGGUGACGGGCGAGCCGCUCAAGAAGGUGGUGGAGAAUUUCUACUUUACGGAUGUCAUUUCGAGGAGCUCCCCCACGAUGGCGCGCUGCUCGGCGGCCAAGGAGACGGGCGACCCGCGCACGAAUUUCAUGGCGCCUGGCAUGGAGGAGGAUAGGCCGAUGGGCCAGAUUGCGUAUGGAGCGUAG